AAGCAAGAGAGCAGUGUAGAAACGGAAUCAGAUGCGGUGAAGUCCGUGAGUUGACAGUGGGGUGCACGAGAACAGGCGUUUCGUAGUGGUGGAGGCGGAGGAGGUUUAGGGGAAAGAAUUGUUUUCUGUGUGCGCGAGAAACGUGUCGACAGUACGAGUCUCUAAACGGGUCGUCGUUGGUGAUGGUGAAAUGAUUCUCUAGCCCGAAGUUUUUGACUUGGUCCGCCUGGACAAAGAGGAAGAUCUUUUGUAUAACGCUGCUCUUCAAGGGAUCGUACGCUCGUUCAUCCAUAGAAAACAUCAUUAAACGCUGACGUCGCGGAAUUCGUCCCGUGUCGUUUUCCUUCGUGGCGAGCGUCGAACAUCCAACGACUGACUAGCGACCAUCACGCGCGCGUGUCUUUGUUUUUUUUCUCGGUGCUGAAUAACUGUACGGGAAAACAGAGAGUGUGUUAUAUCAUAGUGGUGAAAAACCAAUUCUUUCGCGGGUUCUGCUGUGCUAAAUAAUCCUAAGCAGUCAGAGGCCCUUCUGAAACGACAAUCGAGCUCAGCUGAUUCAAGGACUUGCUGCGAAGGGCUCUGCUGCGUUAAUAGACGAUAAAUAUGUCGUCCCCCAGCGCUGGAAAACGACGUAUGGACACGGACGUUCUCAAAUUAAUAGAAAGCAAGCAUGAGGUGACGAUAUUAGGAGGAUUAAACGAAUUUUCCGUCAAAUUCUACGGUCCACGGGGCACGCCUUACGAGGGUGGAAUAUGGAAGGUGAGGGUUCACUUGCCCGAGCACUAUCCCUUCAAAUCUCCUUCGAUCGGCUUUAUGAACAAGGUAUACCACCCUAACAUUGACGAGGUCUCAGGCACAGUGUGUCUAGACGUAAUAAACCAGGCCUGGACUGCCCUUUACGAUUUGUCGAAUAUAUUCGAGUCUUUCCUGCCCCAAUUGUUAACAUAUCCUAAUCCAAUCGACCCCUUAAAUGGCGACGCCGCGGCCAUGUAUCUACAUAAACCUGAGGAGUACAAGAAGAAAGUAGCAGAUUACGUGAGGAAAUACGCGACGGAGGAGGCGCUAAGGGACCAGGAGAACUGCGGUACCGAAAACGGAGUGUCGUCCGAUAGCGAGUCUUCGAUGAGCGACUUCAGCGAGGACGAGGCGCAGGACAUGGAGUUGUAACCAAAUAUUUUACCAUCCGUACCCAUAUCCUUAAUCUCGAUUCCCUGUAAACUCCGAUCGCUCGUCCUACCAAAUAGAUGCUUACAUUUCGAACCUCGAAACCUCACUGUCGGUUUAGCUACGUGGCACACUCGUCACUUUGUUUCGUAGGGGGAACCGCGAUCAGAUUGUUCGUUGAACGUUCGAACCGGGAGGUAAAGAAAAAGAAAAGAAGAAAAGGAAAAGAAAAAUAACGAAAGGAACAAUAAUGGGUUAAACGAUUAAAAGAAAAAAAAAAAAGAUAAGGAAAAAGAAAGAGAAUAGGAGAAAUGAUGAUGAUUGUAGAUAAGAGAAUAUCGCUUUUGGAGUUCUCUUUACGCGAGAGGGGGGCCGCUCUCGUCUCCGAAUGUUCUUAAAUUAGAAGGGACGUUGACGAGAAGGAAAAUAUAUGCGCGCCGAUAAUAUAUAUAUAUUUUUGUUUCAUCCUUCUUUCUUUCUUUCUUUUUUUUUUCUCUCUCUCUCUCUCUCUCUUUCCUCUUUCUUAAAUUUCGCGACUUUGCUAUCGAUUGAUUGAACGUCGAUUUAUUUCUAAUUGUCUGAAUUCUGACUUUGGCAUCGAUUGGCGGUUCAACAAUCGCGAAUCAUCAUAUUGAUCAUAUUUUGUUUCGCUAUUGUAUCACACGCGAUUGAUCCUAAAAAAAAAAAAAUGCUAUGGAUGAAUUCUUCCGUGAGAAAGUUAUAUAUGUAUAAAUAUAUAUUUUUUUUUUUUUUUUUUAAUUUCUCCAUUUUCGAUAUUUUAAGUUUGCUUAUUCCAUCGCGUUUCGAAUUCUUGGUCGAUCUUCUCCCACUUGUUUCUUUCUCUUUCUUUUUUUUCUCUCCCUUCCCGAUCGGGUCAAGUCAGACGCAACUCGUACAUGGGCGUUCAAACGGUGCAUGAACACGAAAGAAUUAUUUUCGUUCGCUUUUCAAAUUUUGUAUACCUCUUACGGGUGUCGUAAUCCACGUUACGCUGUUUUAUUCUCUGCCUCUCUGUGCGCAUUAUCCCGAUACACGUGCCACGAGCAAGCACGGGGCACGAUAUAUAUCACGAAUCAGCAUCGAUUCCGAAUAAACGUUCGUUUCUCGUGUUU